GUGACACUCCGUCUUACCUUCAUUCCUCUUCUCUCUUCCCUCCCUCCCUCCCUCUCUCUCUCUCUCUCCGUCUCUCCGUCCUCCUGCAGUCUAAGAUGUCCAAUGUCGUGACCCGUGACGUGUAAAUGGCGUCCAAAGUGCGAGAUGCUGUUGUGUGGUACCAGAAGAAGAUCGGUGCGUAUGACCAGCAGAUAUGGGAGAAGUCUGUGGAACAAAGAGAGAUCAAGGUAUGCUCUAAGGGUCUGAGGAACAAGCCCAAGAAGACUGGACAUGUGAAGCCUGACCUGAUUGAUGUGGACCUGGUCAGAGGGUCUGCAUUUGCCAAGGCGAAGCCGGAGAGCCCGUGGACGUCUCUGACCAGGAAGGGGCUGGUGAGGGUGGUUCUGUUCCCCUUCUUCUACCGCUGGUGGAUCCAGGUCACCUCCAGAGCCAUCUUCCUGCUGCUUCUCACCCUCUACCUGCUGCAAGUGGCAGCAGCAUUGCUGUACGCGUCAGUCCCCCUGACCCAUGGCAUCCCUGUCACCGAGGUGUUCGGGGCCACCUGGCUCAUGCUGUUGCUGGGCACCGUGCACUGCCAGAUCGUGUCCACGCGCACGCCCAAACCCACGCCCACCAGCGGGGGCAAGAGACGCAGGAAGUUGAGGAAGGCAGCUCAGUGGGAGGUGCAUAGGGAAGGAGAUGGCUCUAGCACUACCGAUAACACACAGGAGGGGGCGCCACAGGCCCCGGGCUCCACCACAGCUUUCAACCUGGCGACUCUCUUCCAAGAUUUCUGGCAUGAUAUCUGUAAAGCAGGGUCUAAGAAGUCUAAGCUGUCCAUAGACAAGUCCACAGAGACAGACAAUGGCUAUGUCUCAUUGGACGGCAGGGUGACCAGUAAGAGCAGCGAGGAGGGGCUUCAGCUCCAUGAGCCACGAUGUGAUUUGCUGCUCCGCUCUGAGGAGACAUGCUGGAACGCCCCGCCCCCCCCUCGGAACCUGCUGCUGCCCCCCAGCACCAAGGAGGCGUGCGUGGGCCCGCGCAGCCUGGACAACAUGUCUGACGAGGCGUCCAGCGAAGAGGACCCCGAGGCCUCUACCUACAGCCCCCUCCGCAGGGGCGUGGAGCGCGUAGGCAGCGACUGCACCCUGCGCAACAGGAAGGCCCAUCACUACAAGAAGCACUACGCUGCCGAGGAAGUGCCCAAGUCAGGGACGAGCUGCAGCUCGCGCUGCUCCAGUCUGCGGACGCAGGACUCAGAGAGCACGCGUCACGAGUCGGAGACGGAGGACGUGCUGUGGGAGGACUUCCUGCACUGCGCAGAGUGCCGCUCCUCCUGCACCAGCGAGACGGAGGGGGAGGGCACCACCGCCACCACCCCAAACCCCCCCACUGCUGCCUGCCUGGCAGCCAAGAAGGAGUACCGUGAUGACCCCUUCCACCAGUGUGUGUCCCUGCAGGGUCACGUGCCCUGGCUGCACAGCUCUAACCCUGGGCUGGAGCGCAUCAGCGCCAUCGUGUGGGAGGGCAACGAGUGCAAGAAGGCCGACAUGUCUGUGCUGGAGAUCAGCGGCAUGAUCAUGAACAAGGUGAACCUGAACACCCCAGGGAUCGGCUACCAGGUCUUUGGCAACCUGGUGUCCAUCACUCUGGGACUCACGCCGUUCGCCUACAGGCUAGCCCAGCACCGGGACCUGGAUCAGCUGACCUCGCUCUCGGCCCACGAGCUCGUCUCCGUGGCGUUCGGCUCCUCCUCGGACGUCAUGGUGAUCACCAUGGUGACGGUCAGCUUCGUGGUGCGGGCCUGCCUCAUCUGGCUGUUCUUCUUCCUGCUCAGCGUGGCCGAGAGGACGUACAAACAGAGGCUGCUCUUCGCCAAGCUGUUCGGUCACCUGACCUCAGCCAGGCGAGCCAGGAAGUCGGAGGUGCCCCACUUCCGCCUGAAGAAGGUCCAGAACAUAAAGAUGUGGCUGUCGCUGCGCUCCUACCUCAAGAGGCGGGGUCCUCAGCGCUCCGUGGAUGUGAUCGUGUCGUCAGCCUUCCUCCUCACCCUCUCCGUGGUCUUCAUCUGCUGUGCCCAGCUGUUGCACGUCCACGACACCUUUCUGGAGUGCCACUAUAACUGGGAGCUGGUGAUCUGGUGUUCCUCCCUGUCCCUGUUCCUGCUGCGCUUCGUCACACUGGGCUCUGAGACCAGCAAGAAGUACAGCAACACCUCCAUCCUGCUGACGGAACAGAUCAACCUGUAUCUGAAGAUGGAGAAGAAACCAAACAAGAAGGAGGAUCUGACUUUGGUCAACAACGUUCUGAAGCUGGCCACCAAACUCCUGAAGGAGCUGGACGCUCCAUUCAGGCUGUACGGUCUGACCAUGAACCCCCUGCUCUACAACAUCACCCAGGUGGUCAUCCUGUCAGCCGUGUCUGGGGUCAUCAGCGAUCUGCUGGGCUUCAACCUCAAGCUUUGGAAGAUCAAAUCAUGACAUUAGGCUUAACGCCUCUGGUCUCACUGAAGUGACUAUACCGCCUCCAGGCACAGGGGGGCGCUGAUCUCCUCUGACUGGAGGUUCUGCAGCAGUGGUCCCCCUGCUCUCCUCAGACAUAUCACAGUGGUCACAUGUUCUCACUUGUGCAAUUCAUAUAUUUAUUUUACCCUUUCAGUGUUUUUAGUUGUUUAUGUUUUGAAUUGUUUUUGUUGAAAAAAAAAAGUAUUAUUUUAAGCUACAGGAUUGUUUUCUCAGAGGGAAGACCAGUUGACGUUACAACAAGACAAAGAGGUGAUACCUUGCCUGAAAACUGAGUCCUAAUCUGGCAUAGAAUCUGUUUCUCUCAUGGUACUAGGCUCUCUGAAUGCUCCUCAAACACACUUUCUCCUUCCUCACAUACUCCAAGACCCCCAAUGAGCUUAAGUUGGCCGCUAAGACAGGCCAGUGUGUGGAUCACUGUUUAUUAUUAUUCAUAACCUAUACAUACUAUAGGUAGGUCAAUGUGUUUCUUUUGUGCAAUGCCCUCCUGUGUUAAAGGAAGCGAGUACAGUAACAUCUAGCCAGGUUUAACACCUGUAUAUCUUAAUGCCCUUUCUCAUCCCUGCUGUCAAGUGUUCUGUGGUUUCCUGGAGCACGUUUUACUUCAGUAAUCACUGAAUUUCAAGCAAUAAACUGGUAGUUCUCCACCAGAGUCCUACAGAGAAGCUCUCUCAACUCACUUUUGUAUAAAGCCAUAAAACUGAACAUACUUGUAGGGUAACUAUAACCAUAUUUAUGUACAGAAAAAGAUCUGGUUUGUUAUUGCUUUUGUAUACACAGCUUAAAAUCUCAAGUCCUCGUAUCUUCUCAUGUUGUUGAUCGUGCCUCAGCAUUUUGUGUUGUUGGAUCAGCCGGCACCUCUUUCAACUUAAAAAGCUUUGCUCUGCGGAAAGACUUCCCAACUAGGCAAAGGUUGCUAAAGGCGCCAGACAGGAAAAGCUAACAGUUCUUCAACAGCUCAAUAUCAGGACUAAAACAUUCAAGUAUGUUCUUUUUUUGUGCCUAUCUGAAAGUGAAUGACUGAAGCGUACCUAUGGGACUCGUCUACAGGUGGGGUUGGGUUAGUAUUACACCAUGUAACGUAGUUUAGAAAUGCCCGAAAAUGUGCACUUUAAAGCUGAUUUAAGAGGAGAAAAAAUGUUACUAAGUUUCAAUGUCAACCCGUUGUAUUUGUAGGAAGUGAGAGCAUUUUUUGUACUUUUGUUGCUUGGUGUGGAGAUGACCAAAGUGCUUGAUUUUUUUCCUUUUUGCUGAAAAAGAAUGUAUUCACACAUGCUUUAAAACCCAACUCUUUCGUUUGUAGACUGACUGUUUAAGUCGCUUUUCCCUAUUUCGCAUUCUGCUUUUAUUAUCGCUUUUGUGAAGAGGGACCUUCAUGCUUCAUAGACAUGACAAACACUGCUGUGUUGAAGGAACACUCAAACCGUUGGAAUGAGAGAAUAAUUCUGUGGUUAUCUAUAAGACGCUCUUAUCCAGAGCAUAUUUAUGUUUGAAAUAUUAGGUUUUAAUUUGUGGUCUGGUCUGUCCAGAUUUUUUUAAAUAAAACAAAAUGCUAUUA